UCGGCCACGUAAGAUUGACAAUGACAAUUCAUAGUUAUUCUUAAGAAAUUUAUUCUAAUAAAAUGUGCAAACAUCAUAGUUAAUAGUGAAAUUGUGUUAAUAAAAAGGUGAUGUAGAUAUGUCCCAACAGAACAUGGCUGAACAUAAUAUACCGAACGGCGCUCCGCCGCAAAUGCGACCGCAGUACCAGUUCAACGGAGUUCAUUCGUCGAAUUCGUCGUCGAGGGGCUCGUCACCGGCGCCCCGUCUCGGCACGAUACCAUCGUCGCAGUUGCCGCCCGCCAGGCCGAACAUACCCGCCUCUCAAUUGCCGCCGUCCCGAUCGCCCCUCACGUUGGCCACGCAAAAAAUGGGACAGCUGAGCGUGGGCACGCCGAAUGUGAGUCCCAAGUUCAGUACGUCGACGCCUAACGCGCCACCGCCCCAAAAACCGGCGUCGUUCGUGCAAACUGGUGCGUUCUCUCCCAUCACUACCAACGCAGUGCCAAAAUUGCCCAGGAGCGACGUCCUGGAUAACGUACCGUUGAGUGGCGGUCCAUCAAACCAGCAAGUUCCCGUUUCUGCAGCUCCUUUCCCUCAGUUUAGUGGUCAAAGUCAGUAUGGUUAUCCUCAAGCUCAAUCGAACGUGGCGCCGGCACAGAACAUGUACCAGCAACAAUACCCUCAACAAAAUGUGCCUGGGCAGUUUCCCAAUGGGGCUUAUCCACAAUUUCCAAACAAAUUUCCUAGUAUAACUAUGCAACAGCCCCCACAACAGUUACAAAGUAAUGCGCCGCACGGUCCAAUUAACGGUGCUAAUCAGACCCAAUUGCCAAACAACAAUCCCGUACCAAACAGACAGUUUCCACCUCCAAACACCACUCAAUCAGUUCAGCCACAAAAUUAUCCUCCUUUAAACCAAACUAGGAACACGUUACACAACAACAGGUAUCCCGCCGCCAACAUGCAACAACAACCUCCCAUGCAACAACCACAACCAAACCAACCCAAUUCAUAUCAGUAUCAGCAACAGAAUCAACAAUUUUCCCAACCACCUUUCUCGGUGAACCCUGUGCAACAGCAACAACAACAACCCCAACAAUUCCAACAACAACCACAACAAUUCCAACAACCCUACAAUAGCGUAGUGCAAUCCGGAUUCAGCAAAUUCUGGGGCACCGAAAACUACGAUCUGCUGCAACAAACCAACAUCUUACCACCCACCAAACUGGAGCCGCCCAAAGUGCAUCUGGGCAGGGAGUCGAUGGACGCGGCCAACUGCAGUCCGGACGUGUUCAGGUGCACCAUGACCAAAAUACCGGAGAACAACUCCUUGUUACAAAAGUCCCGACUGCCGCUUGGCGUGCUGAUACAUCCGUUCAAAGAUUUGAACCAUCUGCCUGUCAUACAAUGCAACGUGAUCGUCAGAUGCAGGACGUGCAGGACGUACAUCAAUCCGUUCGUCUAUUUCGUCGACAACAAACGGUGGAAAUGUAACUUGUGCUACCGCAUCAACGAGCUACCCGAGGAGUUCCAGUACGAUCCGGUUAGUAAAACUUACGGCGACCCGUCGCGGCGGCCCGAAAUAAAGGCGAGCACGAUCGAAUACAUAGCACCGGCUGAAUAUAUGUUACGACCACCUCAGCCAGCCGUCUAUUUAUUCCUGUUGGAUGUUUCGAGACUUGCCGUUGAGAGCGGGUACUUGAUAUCCGUCUGUAACAUUUUAUUGGAAGAGCUUAAGAAUCUGCCCGGAGAUGCCCGUACUCAAAUUGGUUUCAUAGCGUACGAUUCGGCACUGCAUUUCUUCUCUCUGGCAGAAGGACUGAGUCAACCGCACGAGAUGACCGUCUUGGACAUAGACGACGUGUUCCUCCCGUGUCCGGAUAAUUUGUUGGUUAACCUGAAGGAUUGUACGGAAUUGGUGACGGAUUUAUUGGGCCAAUUGCCGACACGUUACAACAAUACGUACGACACUAACUCGUGCCUGGGCGCUGCCCUACAAGCCGCCUACAAGAUGAUGAGUCCGACCGGCGGCAGAAUCACUGUGUUCCAGGCUGCGUUGCCCAACGUUGGCCCAGGUGCCUUGACAGCCAGAGAAGAUCCGAGUCACAGGACUACCGUGGAGGUAGCCCAUUUGAAUCCUGCCAAUGAUUUUUACAAGCGCCUGGCUCUGGAGUGCAGCGGCCAACAAAUAGCCGUCGACUUGUUCGUGGUUAACUCACAGUAUGUGGACAUCGCCACAAUUUCGGGCAUAAGCAGGUUCAGCGGUGGAUGCAUCAAUCACUUCCCGUUGUUCAAGGCGACGAGGACGUUACAGUGCGACAGUUUCGAGAAGUGCUUCCGGCGAUACUUGACAAGGAAGAUCGGUUUCGAGGCGGUAAUGAGGAUCAGAUGCACCAGAGGCUUGGCCAUACACACCUUCCAUGGAAACUUCUUUGUCCGUUCCACCGAUUUGCUGUCCCUGCCUAAUAUCAAUCCGGAUGCUGGUUUCGGUAUGCAAGUCUCGAUUGAGGAGAGUCUCUCGGAUGUGCAGACGGUGUGUUUCCAAGCAGCACUUCUGUACACGUCCAGCAAAGGCGAGAGACGUAUCCGGGUGCACACGUUGUGCCUGCCAGUUGCUUCCACGCUACAGGACAUCAUCCAUUCGGCAGAUCAACAGUGCAUAGUGGGACUGUUGAGUAAAAUGGCCGUGGACAGGUCUAUGCAGAGCAACCUUUCAGAUGCCAGAGAAGCCUUCAUCAACGUGGCCAUCGAUAUAUUGUCCGCGUACAAGUUCGCAUUGAACAUGGGCAGCGGACAAUCAGGCCUGUUCGCCCCUGCCGGUUUGCGACUCCUUCCGCUAUACAUUUCCGCCCUUCUCAAACAUCUGGCGUUCAGAACCGGCACCACAACACGUGUAGACGACAGAGUCAAGGCUAUGAUGGACAUGAAGAGUAAACCGCUGCACGUUUUGAUGCAGCAGAUUUACCCCGACUUGUACCCCAUUCAUAACCUGGAAGCGCAAGAAGUGAUCGUCAACUCAGAGGACGAGACGGUGUCGAUGCCCCCACGGUUGCAGUUAUCCGCCCGUUGUCUGGAUAGCUCCGGGGCGUUCCUCAUGGACGCCGGGGAGCUUAUGAUAAUACUGGUUUGUCCCAACGUUUCGAAGGUGUUCUUGAACGAAGUGCUCGGCGUUCCCGACUACAACUCCAUAUCGGAUCAGAUGUACGAGCUGCCCACAUUGAACAACGUCAACAAUCAAAGACUGGUGAAUUUCGUCAACUAUUUAAAUGACGACAAGCCCUACGCGGCAACGAUUCAAAUAAUCAGAGACAAUAGUCCGAACAGGAUGGUGUUCUUCGAACGCCUCAUCGAGGAUAGGGUGGAAACGGCGCUCUCCUACCACGAGUUCUUGCAACAUCUCAGAACUCAAGUGAAGUAGUUUUGCGUUGGUUAGUUUCAUUUUUUGGAUAUAAAUUAAUGCAAAAUUAUUGCUCAACCGAUUCUGAUUGAUUCUGAAAGUAGUAGUGCGUAUAAAUUCGGUUAUUACGUUGCUUAAAGAGGAACUGGUUUUUCUUUGUUAAGAAAUGAUAAGUAGCAAUAAUAAAAGUGGUAUAAAUACUAGAUUUAUUGAGUUAUGUAUGUUGUACGCAUUUCUGUGUAAGUUUCCUUUUUUUGUUGCGUUGCAUUUCCAUUGAAAUCUUAAAAUGGAUUGUUCUUACUGGGUUACAAUAGAAAUCCAGUAGUCUUCUUUCGUCAUUUUACUUGUAUAUUAUGUUUAUCAGAUUUAGUGAUAAGGUGUAUUAAAAAGACUAUUAAAUAUAUUUAUUUUAAUUGUUAUUAAUCUUAUUUAUAUAGUCACACUACUUUUUUUCUUAAAUGCCUAGUCAUAAUCGAGUUAUAUAACACUUAACGGCAUUUAAAAUAUUUUAUUAUAGUAUGUAUGUAUAGUAUUUUACAAUUUGAUAUUUUUUAUUUGUGAUAUAUUGGUAGCAAUAUUUUUGCAUUAUUUUGCUUCAAUUCAUAUUAUUUCGCCAAUCAAUUUAAUAUUCUUUUCCAUAUUCGGUAACAUUAUUUCAGUCAAGUCUUUGGUAUUGAUGGUUCAAUCUAUUUACAAACAUAUGUAUUAUGAAAUUAAACAACAUGUAUAUAUUACCUAAAAAAAUUAUUUAUUAUAAUUAUCAAUGUUUAAGUCAACAGCAUGAUUCUUUUUUUAUUCUGUACAUAUUUCAGAACAUUAAAUUGUUACACAUCUGAGUUUUA